AUGUUUGCCACCUUCAACAGCUCCAUGGACAACCGGAGCAGCGCCAACUCGCCGGUCGCCCCGUCGUCGCGGCCCAAGCGGACUACGGUGGCCCGUGCCUGUGACUGGUGCCGGCUGAACCGGGUCAAAUGCGACGACGGCCAACCUUGCAAGAACUGCCGGACUCGCGGAGUGCGAUGCCGCAAGGGGAGCAAAUCGGGCGAGCACAAUAGGCCCUCCUCGUCAGCGGCGGCUUCGGAGAGGGCCCGAUCGCAAGGGGCGCAAAUGGAGCCGAAUCAAGGGAAUGCAAGGGCAGAGGAACGCGAGAAAGCAGCCACCACUUCGCGCAGGAAUUCUCGUACCCCCUCGUCGUCGCCAUCGUCGCCAUCGCCGUCUCAGUGGCGCUGGCCCGGUGCUUGGAUUGUGGACUCGGUGCAUACGAACAGUGAACCGCGGUAUUACGGCCCCAGCUCCUUUCUCCAUUUCACCAACCGGUUGCGCAUCUAUCUCGACGAGUCACUCGGUCAACCACAGCUGGGAAAUGCGCUGCUGUCAUUUACCUGCAGUCGGGUCUCGUCCCCGUCUCCCAACGCCAUGGAUGAUGCCGACUUGACGGAAGGCACUUUGACGCGCCAGCAAGAGGAGUACCUGCUCAGUCUGUACUGGCAGUCCUACCAUACCAUCAUCCCCAUUGUGGAUGCAGACGACUUUUGCGCCCACUAUCGUUCCCUCUGGGAGCCGGGUCAGGGCGCCACUCGGCGACCAUCGGCCUUGGUGGAUAUCGUCCUGGCCCUCUGUAUGCAAUACAGCGCCGCCCUGAUGGCGUCGGGAGAUAUCGAGCUCAUGGAUCUCGAGUCCAACGAUACCAACGCCUCGGGCCAUUGGCUAUACCAGAGAUGUCAGCGGCUGCUCUUGAAAGACCAGGAUACGCUGUCCCUGGCGACGUUGCAGACUUACAUUCACUCCGCGGUCUAUCUGAUGAACGCCUCAUGCCUGAACGCCUCGCACCGUGUCCUCAGUAUCGCCAUCCAUACCGCCACUAGUUUGGGUCUGCCACACAGCCCCGAAGGACAUCCCCGGGGCCCUCAGCAUGCCCUCCGACAGCGUAUAUGGUGGACGCUCUUCUUUCUGGACUCUAAGAUGAGCUUCGAGCUGGGUCAGCCGUACCUAAUGCCGGAAUACCACGGCACAGUCGAUCUGUCUGGGUCCCUGGAACUCCGGAUUAUCGAGAAUUGCCGCUCCGUCUCCACCUUUGGGGAUAUCACCUGGCUCCGCUACCACGACGAGUGCCUCAAGCUUACGUCGAAGGUGCGCCAUAUCUCCAACGUGGCAUUCGAAAAGAGUAGUGAGGCCAUGUCUCGCCACAGCGGAACAUCCAUAUACGAGAACCCCAGUGCCCUUGAGAAAGGCGUCUCAUAUCUGCACAAGUCCAUGGAGGCAUUGCAGGCUUGGUCCCGGGAGGUUCCAACGUCGCUCAAACUGGCACGCAAAGGAAACGUCAGUCCCUUCUCCACUGCACGCUGUCCGCUGGAGAAUGAUGUCUAUGCCCCCCUCUGGCUGCAACGGCAGCGGGUCCUCCUGGAACUGCUCUAUCACAACCUCGUGAUGGGAUUAUAUCGUCCGUAUAUUAGAGUCGCCGAUCAAUCAGCAGUGACCUCCCAUGCCAUCGGGCCGACCGCGUCGCAUACGUCCGACAGCAGCUCACUCUGCGCCCUGAACCAUGCCAUGGCGACCAUCAACAUCGUCUACCAGGUGCUCACAGAGACAGAUAUCCUGAACUCGUGGAAUCGAGCCUUUCAAUAUACAUGGGAUGCCACCCUGACGGUCCUCGGAUUUCGCUUAGUACACCCGGGGUGCCCUCACUCGUUCUCUGCUCGACGAGCCACGGCCAUUGCCAAUGAAUCGUUCAAGAUCUUCUCUCAAUAUGGAUAUUCAGGGGCCGCGCAGGCAAUGACAGUGACCAGAGAGCUCGAUCGCUCGAUCGAUCUGGCCGUCUCCAGGGAGCCUGGAUGA